CCCCGUCCCUCUAAAGGAGAUUAUAAUGCAACAGACCCCCUUUUACAACAAACAGAAAUUUGUAGUUUUUUUUAAAGUAUUUUUUAAAAUACCUCUCCGGUUUUUAGGGGGAAUCUCACCCUGGAGCGGUGCGCUAUGCUCUCACACGCCGACCUCCUGGACGCUCGGCUGGGGAUGAAGGAUGCCGCGGCUGAAUUGCUCGGGCACCGGGAGGCGGUGAAGUGUCGGAUGGGACCCGGUGGCUCCGAUUCGGGCCACCCAGGCGAUUGCCCACCGGGCUCUGACACGGUGGAAGGCGCGACCCUGCUACCGGGAGAAAGCAUCGCCUCGGCCGGAUCGAACACGGGAGGCGGCGGCGGCGGCGGCGGCGGGGGCUCGGGCAGCGGCAAAGACACGGACAAGCAGCAGCAGCAACAACAACAACAGCAGCAGCAGCAGAGCCAGAAGCAGAAGAGGCACCGGACUCGCUUCACCCCAGCCCAGCUCAACGAAUUGGAGCGCAGCUUCGCCAAGACACACUAUCCGGACAUCUUCAUGAGGGAGGAAUUGGCUCUGCGAAUCGGUCUCACCGAGUCCAGAGUACAGGUUUGGUUUCAGAACCGCCGCGCCAAGUGGAAGAAGCGGAAGAAGACGACCAAUGUAUUCCGUGCCCCUGGUACACUGCUGCCCACGCCAGGACUGCCCCAGUUCCCAGGCUCCGGCAUGGGCGACACCCUGUGCUCCUUUCAUGCCAACGACACCCGUUGGGCCACGGCGGGCAUGGGGGUCUCACAGUUGCAGCUGCCCCCGGCCCUGGGCCGGCAACAGGCCAUGGCUCAGUCUCUGUCCCAAUGCAGCCUCGGCGGGCCGUCUAACACAAUGAGCCUCUCCAAUAGCCUGGCCGGCGCGAACGGCGGCGGCCUCCAGUCCCAUCUGUACCAGCCCACUUUCCCAGGCAUGGUGCCCGCCUCGCUGGCCGGCCCCGGCAACGUUACCGGCGGCUCGCCGCAGCUCUGCAGUUCCCCGGACAGCGACGUGUGGCGGGGGACCAGCAUCGCCUCCCUGCGCCGCAAAGCACUCGAGCACACAGUGUCCAUGAGUUUCACCUAAUGCAGCCGUUCCCCCUUCUCUCCAGCGUCCAGAAAACCAGGGAGCCGACUCAGGAUAUGAAACACGUCCUUCAGUAACCCACACGCAAAGGGGAGGUGGGAGGGAGAGGGAGGGAGGGAGGGAGAUUGGUCAAACUCUUAAAAUAUGACGGCGAGAAAAAUACUCGUUAUCAAUGGAUUCAAACUUCAAGAACUCUGACCAAUGGUGGUGAUCUGGGUUCUCUCGCUGCCUCACCUUUUCCGAAUCAUUUCCAGAUCAUAAGAUGGCCUAUUGCAAUAACAUAUUAGAUCACACAAAGAUACAGGGAGCUAUGACCAACUUGAGGGGUCUCUUAUAUUUCCGUUGGAUUUCCACACAUUUUGAUUCUUCAUAUACACAUAAUAUUAACAUGGACAGCCUUCACAAACCCCGCCUUGUUACAUUUCCAUGCACUUCGCGGAGUUGGCACAUGUGCUCUCUUUUGAUUUCGUAGAACAUAGAAAAGUACAGCACAGGAACAGGCCCUUCGGCCCACAAUGUCUGUGCCGAACACCACGCCAUGAUUAACUGAACUCACCUGCCUGCAAAUGAUCAAUACCCCUCCAAUCCCUGCAUAUCCACGUGUCUAUCUAAAAGCCACUAUUUCCCUGUUCAUCUCGCCCAAGAAUAAAAUAGAAUACGCCACGAUCCUGUCCAAUAGACUCAUGGAGAUCUUUCUCUCCACCCCAUGUACCCGCCGAGGUUCCAUAACUCUUGUAACAAAUCAUAAAUAUUGUCUCGGACCCACUUUCCUUGAUCACGCAAGAGUCAAUGCCAAAUAUGUUUGUGAUAUUGGCCUCUCUCUACACCUUUCGCCCUUGGCUCAACGGAUCCAGUUUUACGCUUCAAUACAGCGGGGUUCAAACUCCGCCACGGCGAAACAUACUUUGUUCUUGCACUCGAGUGACACCGGACCCCGAGCGGAUAAACGCAAGAACACCGGCUGGCUCGCGGUAUUUUGUCACUGCACUGUGUCCACGCCUUUCGGAGGCUUGUUUCCUUCCCCUUGGUCGCAGCUCACGAUUUUGGGCGAUUUUCUCUCUCUUUUUUGUUUUGUUUGUUUUUGGUUAAAUAUAAAGAAAUACUUCAGUCAAAACUGCCAUCUGCACAGCAUGUCGAUGGGGGGGAGGUUUCCAGCAUGCGAUGUGCACGUGAGUAUUUCAAGCCCUGAAACGACAUAACCAACCCAUGAACCCUAAACUCUCAUCUGCAUGAACUGGUCAGAACCAACCACCUGGCGCAAGCUACAGUGAAAUUCACAGAGCGGUCAAAGCUGUGAUAUAGGAUGUUUUCUGUGUAGAAUAACCACUCUGGUUAUACAUUGGUCAAUUUGUGCUAUGUUUUUAAAUUAUUGUCUGUGCUUAUUUAUCGAACAUAGAUUUCCUAAUAAAUGUUUGAUCUGUUAUUGGAUAAUAUAAUUUUUAUUUUGCGCUGAGUUAAAAUUAUUCAUGGUAAGACAAAAAAAAAUAAAAUAAGCCCUGCUUUUCGAAUAUGUAAUAUAUACAAUAUCUUCACAUUUUCGGAGUGUUUGUUCUUGAUUUAAUAAUCCCGCUCUGGGAACACGCUAUGCCUUCUGUGCCUUUCUAACUGUUCGCCUGCAAUUCCCAAUCCAUAAAGCAACGAAACAGUCUAGAUUAGGUGUUUAAGAAGGAAAUGCAGAUGCUGGAAAAUCGAAGGUACACAAAAAUGGUGGAGAAACUCAGUGGGGUGCAGCAGCAUCUAUGGAGCGAAGGAAAUAGGCAACGUUUCGGGCCGAAACCCUUGGGUUUCGGCCCGAAACGUUGCCUAUUUCCUUCGCUCCAUAGAUGCUGCUGCACCUACGCGAUUUCCUUCGCUCCAAAGAUGCUGCUGCACCCGCUGAGUUUCUCCAGCAUUUUUGUGUACCGUCUGUCUAGAUUAGGUGUUAGGAUUAGCAAAACUAUCGCAGAAUGAUGUUUAUUGCAAACGCUCACAGACUCAUAGCGAUUCAUUACUGUUAGAAAUUCGUCGUGUUGUCAAAGAUUUCAACGUGAGAUUGGAAACUCGAACAGUUAAAGAGGCACAGAAAUAUAUAUUAAAAAAAAAUCUUUUAUGUUAAUCACUGCCCAAUCUAGCAAUUAAAGUGAUUUAUCAUUUACCAAUUUUUUUAAUACACAAUGUGUAUUAAAACCUGUAACGGAAUUUAUAAGAAAAAGCUUUAUUAUUUAAUGUACAGUUAUUUGUAUUUAGAAAUGUCGGAAGCGGUUAAAAAAAUAAGUAAAAUUCGAUCUGUUGAAAUUCAGCACAUGAAUUGA